AUAUAUCUAUGAACGUGUGUGAAUAGGUGUUCGUUGCUCAAAUUCAGUAAUAUUUGGGAUUAUUUAAGGAUGACAGAAAAAGGCAGAAGGCUUGAUUGGUAUCUUCUUUUCUUCUUGUCUGUGGUUUCUUGAUUGCCACUAUAUACAUUUCUUUAUGUAAAGUUAAAAGUGUUGAAAUAUACUUGAUUGCAUAUAUUGGGUUGGUUUCGAUUCUUUUGCUUUUCUACUGCGUCUUAACCUCAUUUCAUAAUUAAGAACUACUUGAUUUGAUUGGUAUAACCGCGUUUAGUGCAUGAUUAAAAAUAUCAGCGUUAAUGUGGUUUUGGGUCUAUUCUAGUGAUUACAUAUAUUUUCUGACUUAGAGAGUUAACGUUCUCACUUUUGUGGUCGUUAAUUCCCAAGGCUUCGUCUCACUUUUCAGCUUGAUGGUCGUUGAGUUUAGAGGACUACUGUACGUCAUUGGUUGUUUAAACGUGGUGUUUGCCCCUAUCUUUAUUUGUUGUAUUUGCUUCCUUGUAAUAGUUGUUUUUUUGGCCAUGAUGGCUAUGUUAUCAUGUCUUGUGAACACUUUCUCCAUUUUUAGAGAGUAAGAUUCUAUAAAAUUGAGGUUUGUCCAAAGAAAAAAAAAAGAGUUAACGUUCUCAAAUUCCCCUAUAUUCUCUUUAUAAAUUUUAUGAUUUCGUAUGUCAUUUAGAGUUGCUUUACGCCAAAUACAUAGAAGCAACAAUUAUUUGUUAUAUAUAUUAAAAAAAAAAGUAAGAUUUAGUUCAACAUAUACAGUACUUGUUAUAUUUAGGCUUAUGGACUAAUCCCAGAAAGGAUGCAUGAAAAUGCCUCAAGACGAUCAUUUGUUCUAGGUUUGAAUUUUUGGUCGUAUAGGAACGAGUGACGACGGUUGCAAUUAGGGGUGGGCAAAAAAACCGAACCGAACCGAUCGAACCGAACCGACCGAACCAAAACCGAUUCGAACCAAACCAAAGUCCAUUUCAAAUCUUUCAGUUGAGAUUUUUCCAACCCGAACGGUUCAGUUCAGUUUGGUUUAAACCGAACCGAACCGAUAAACCGAAGUGUUUUUAUAGUUAUUUAAAUUAAAAAUAUUAGUAAUAUCAAGAUAUUAAAAUCUUAAGAUUAAACCCAUGUAAUUUUCUUUUGCACGAAGUAAAUCUUAAUAUAAUUUGAUUUCCAUAACACUUCGUCUAACUUUUGUAAUAUUCGUCAUUAAGCCCACAUAAUUUUCAUGUUAAGUUUUUUUCAAUAGCGUAUACUUUUAAACCCUAAAAUUAAAACCUAAGCCAAGUCUAAUUAAAUUGAAUUUAAUUUACAUACUUAAUUUUUUGUUAUGUCCAACGUGAUUAUUUCAUGACAACCAUACAUGUAUGUAUUAAAACAUGAUUUCUUGUACAAUAAAUAAACUAAGAGAAAUCCGAUUAAACUGAACCGAACCGAAGUACAAACCGAAUCGAAUACAAGCCAAACCGAACAUAAACCGAACCGAACAUAACUGAACCGAAAUCGAUCCAAACCAAACUAACUAUGGUUUACUUCAGCUGGAAAAGUUCUAGAACCGAACCAACCAAACCGAACCGAACUCGAACCGAACCGAUAAAAUAACCGAAGUGCCCACCCCUAGUUGCAAUACUUUACGAAAAGAGCCAAGGCAACAUCAAACUUUCGGGUAUAUUAACAAACAAUAAGCUUAAACUAGAGGCUAAGUACAUCUGCACCACAAAGCAAUAUUAAACCCCUAGAAUCGCAAAAGGUGUCGUCUUCUUGCGAGACACGAUUCCCUCAAGACGAGAAUCAUAUGCUUAGGUUUCAAACAAGCAAUGCCAUUAUAUAUAAAGAUAUAUUUAAAGUACGGUUUAUAGAUAUAAUUUUGAAAUUCAAGUCAAAGAAUAGUUCUUUCCUUCAUCCACCAAACUUGAGAAGAACCCUCCUUGCAUUUUUAUUUAUGCUCAAGCCACAUCAAUAAACUGUUACACCAAGAUUCAAUUAAUUUACACAUGCAUUAUAUAUAAACAUAUAAGUAAAACAGUACACGUAUAUAUAUAGAGAAUAAGGAGAGACGUAGGAAAACAAAGAGAUCGAAAUGGGGUUGGACUGGGGACCGGUGUUGAUGUCGGUGGUUUUUUUCAUAUUGUUGAGCCCUGGAGUUCUGUUUCAGUUGCCUGGAAAGAGCAAAGCGGUUGAGUUCGGUGGGUUUCAAACAAGCGGUCCUUCCAUUGUCAUACACACUCUCCUCUUCUUCGCCUUCAUCACCAUCUCUCUCAUCGCCCUUAACAUCCACAUCUACGCGGCCUAAUUAAUUAAACCCAGCUUCACUUCGUCUAGUUCCUUUAAUUUCUCAAUAUUUGCGUCUUCUUGAUUUCUGAUUCCCUUGUCGAAUUUUUAUUAAUUAAUGGUUUAUCAUGUUAUUCAUCCUUCUAUCA